CUAUCCAGGUGUGACAGCCCCUCCUGCAGCCAAUACCGACCCAGGACGGACGGGAACGGAGGGAAACGGCCAAAUACGAAUCUGCCGCCUGGAGGUCCCGCCGGUACCGGUCCGCGGCUGUACGGUGGACUCUGUCUGUCUGGGGUAAAGGGGACACCGGGACCCGGAGACAUGGCCCUGUCUCAGUGUCUGGAUGAGUCUCCUCUGAGGUUCUGCUCCAAACGCACCGGCACCGAAGACCGGAACCAGCAGGAAGUCUACAACGAGCGGCACCGGCUGGCCCUGGAGCAGCUGCUGUCCGGGGGGGUCCAGCACUUCCUCCGAUUCCUCCGGGAGGAAAACAUCCCUAACUUUCUGUCUGACGAUGAGGUCCAGCGGAUCCGGAGCUCCGCCGUGACCCCGCGGUGCCCGUCUGUCCUUGUGGACGACGCGGGUCCGGACCAGACCCUCGGCGGCUCUGUGGACUGCUCCUCCGUCACCUACUUCCCAGAGGUGUCGGACGUGGAGCCGCCGCUGCUGGAGCUGGGCUGGCCGGCCUUCACCGCCGGCUCCUACCGGGGGGUCACACGGGCCCUGGCGCAUUUCCAGCCCAGUUACGGAGACACGAUCUACAGUUGCAAGGAGGCGGCGAGACGGAUGAUCCAGAGCUCCAGAGAGGUGAUUGCUAUAGUUACAGACUCCCUGACAGACCUGGAUAUCUUUAAGGAUCUGAAGGAGGCGUGCUGCGUUCGUAAAGUCCCCGUCUACGUCCUGCUGGAUCAAUCGUGCGCCCCUGCUUUCCUCAAGAUGUGCAGAAAUGUGGGUGUUGACUUGGAUGACCUGCGGCAAAUGAGAGUGCGAACCAUUACCGGUCCGACUUUUUACAUGAGAUCAGGAGCACGGAUUACUGGGCAAGUUCAUGAAAGGUUUAUGCUGAUUGAUGGAAACCGAGUGGCGACAGGUUCCUACAGGUUUAACUGGACUGAUGGGAAACUCAACAGCAGUAACCUCAUCGAACUCUCCGGUCAGAUAACAGAGAAAUUUGAUGAAGAGUUCCGCAUCCUCUACGCUCAGUCCCUGCCUAUAAACACUCGUGGACCCCCAAGUGUUCGCACCAGCGCCGUCUUUGAACACACGCUCCCCAAACAUCCACUUAGCUCCUCCCCUUACACUGUCAGAGAACGACCCGUGGAUCAUGUGUGUGUGACCAGCACCCCCAACCUCAAACCUCACACCUCAGUGGUUGGACCUGAGAGCCACCCGUCGGCUGAGGGGAGGCGUAAAUGUGGCCCAGAGUCUGACCCGUCCACCAUUGGUGAGGAGUGGGCAGGGCAGGAGGACCUGCAGGAGGAGGUCCUGGCUGGUAACACCAACCCACCUGACCCCCACAGCAUCACGUCCUGCCACGUGUCCACCCAAACCAGCCGGUCCCUGGCAGACCGGGACACCCAGACCGACACCCAGACCACCGAGCAGCACCAGGACCUCAGCGCAUCUGUGGGCCCAAACCAAGCCCUCCCCAGACAGAUCCUCCCCAGCCAGGACCCUCCAGACCUGAAGACCUGCUUCUCCAAACUGACCAUAGAGCGCCAGCAGCACUACUCCGCCAUCCGCACCAAACUGGAGCGCAUGGUCACCACCCUGUCCAAGCGGAGAGAGCUGGUGGACAUCACCAACAUGAAUGGGGGGGCGGCCCCUCCCAGCAUGCAGCGGGGCUCUGAGGAGUGGGGGGCCGGACCCAACCCCAGACUGGUGGUUGAAGGUGCAGGUCUGGGCACGUGGCCAAGAGCCAGAUGUGUCCACUAG